AUGGCACCUCCUCCUGCUUCUGCGGCUCGCAAUGACAAGGGCAAAGCCAGGGCUGGCAAAAAUGCGGACCUCUCUUCGUCAACACGCAAAGAGCAGCGAAUAGCGCAGCGUCGGCAAGCCCGUACGAUCCCUACCCAGCCGCAAGCAUCUACCUCUUCCUCGACCUCAUCCACCCUCGCUCCUCAACUGGACGUAGAGCCCUAUCUCCUCUCCCGCCGCUUCGAGAUCGCUGCCCUUCGCAAGGCAAUCAAGACGUCUCGCUCUUCAUCCGCCACUCGAGCGUGGCAGCUUCUCCCUCGUCAUGCACGACGUCGUGCUGCCAGCCAUAAUGUCCUCCGUUUGCCCUCCCGCCUUCGAGCCAAGGGGCUGGCAGAACUGCGCUCCUCUACUACUCUGGCUAAGGCGCGAAGUCAAAUCAGGAAAAGACUUCCAAACCAUCCAAUGGCCAAGGCGGAAGCCCGUAAGCUGGAGCUGAGGGGUCGUGCAGCGCGGCCAGAAGCAAGGUGGUUAGAGACACACCUCUGGCUCGCGAAGCGCUUUCGCAUGAGUAGAGAGGAGUUUGAUGGGGAUAGAUGGGGGUACGUUUUACCUGAAGAGCCCUACAUGAAGGGAGAAAAGACAGAUUGGAGGGCGACCAACGGCGGGUGUGCCAUUUGGGAUGCGAGCUGGGAGCAAUGGGUGCGUGUGGGGGUCAAGCUGCCGAAGAGCGCCAAGGGAAAGGAGAGAGAGAUGGAUGUCGAUGGCGAUUUCGGGGCUGCGAGAGGCACGCUGCAACAGGAGGAAGCUGUUCAGCUGCUGGAAAAGCUGACGAUGGUUGCUCGACUUGUUGCUGGAGGGUCAGCCAGCGGCGAGGCUCUACGCCUCAGCGCAUCGACGUCGCGGAUCACUGCCUUCAGCGCAACGCUCCAUGGCGGCAUCGAGAACACCAAUUCAGAUCGAGCUCUUUGCCCGGCAAAGCUAUACCUCGUGCUGCCGACCAGGUCGGAGCCUGUCGCAAGAUCCAAUGACACGACCCCGACGGCCGGCCCUUCUUCCUCAUCCUCCACCGCACCGGCUCAACCAGCCAAUCCACCCCAAGCGGCUCAAGCACGCCGCCUUCGACGGCUACUGCGGCUCCUUCCUCCACCGCCGCAACAAAGCGAGAUCAACCCAGAUGCAGAGCUGCUCGUGCGCACCCACCCGGCCGCGGUCGACACCCUGCACCGUGCCCUUCAGGCUGCUGUCAUCAGGGUAGCUAAGGAGGCCACAGAGAAGGAGGAGGAGAGAGCCCAUUUCGUGGUGCAGCGUCUUGAAGGCCCGCCAGCAGACAUUGUCGUGGGCGACGAUGCGGCACAGCGGUCACCCAGCCGCAAAGGAGCAACCUCGGCAUCAUCGGGCCUUGACGCGGACCCCUGCUCCUCAAGUGCAAAACUAGCCCAGACCCAUCUCUCUUCUCAUCUGAAGCAUCGCCUAUCCCUCCUCCGCCAGUCAGAGCUGCGCAAUCGCGCGUUCUGCACCUUUGAGCUCUACGGGCCGAAGAGCGGGGAAGUGCUGGGAAGGGUGUUGCAGUUGAGUGCAAAGGGGACGAAUGAGGAGACGAGGAGAAGGUGGGAGGAGAUGACGGCGAAGCCGACAGGCGAUGGCAAGAGGAAGGUUGACGACACUGAGGCGGUCAGACCAAAAGAUAGCUCGGGCGAGGGGAUUGCUUGUCUAAGCGUCAGAGUGCACGACCCAAGGUUGGGGCUGCGACGUGGGCCUACCACGAGAGCUCCCGGUAGAAAAGGCGGCGCUCAGAAGGGAAAGCAAGGGCAGAGCAAGCAAGGACCCGCCGCACUGUCCCCUUCUGCAGCGAAGGAGGCGUCGUCGAACCAAGCAGCACCCGCUACGAGCGCAGGGAAGCGCAAGCUGACCGACUCUGAUCUCUCAGCAGACGCAGAGGGCCCGCCAAGCAAGGCUGCGCGCACCUUGGAAGGCGAGCAGAACGUCCCUCAUACCACCGCCAAGACCGAGGAUCGGUUCGUUCCCACCACUCGCCAUCCGCACCUCCUCACAAACGGCUACCCCUACCCUUCACAGACACAAGGCGACCUAGACUCACGUCGCUCCGCUCUUCUCGCCUCUGGCCUCGCCGCCACCUCCAAGAAGCGAGGUCGUGCCCGAACGACCAACUCGUUGCUCGAACCGACAAGCAAGGACGAUGUGAUCCCUGUCGUGAUCGUACCUAGAGCGGACGGGGUGCAGGGCUUCACCUUGUUGGUGCCGCAAGGCUGGGGAAGACCCUUCUGGCACGCCUUACUGGGCAGUAAGGCCAUUCCUGGCACGGGUAGCGGUGAGGUUAGACCGCUAGGCUUGGGAGGAUGGAGGGCUCUUCAACGGGAGACGGGCAGGGCUAGCUUCCCGGGAGAGUGGCCCUACGCUCCGGCGGUGGCCUCGAAGGGGAGGGGGAAGGAGAAGAGGCAAGGAGGUCAGGCGACAGCAUGGCAACGCUCCGUCUCUUUUGCUGCGGCGAAGCGCGAGGAGGAGUGGGCAAGGAGGCCGAAGGCCAAGAGGAUCAAUUAUGAGAAGCUGGGUGUCAGUUGGCCUUUUGGAGGCGUUGAGAUGUGGAUGAGCUGUGCGCGGACUGGGGAAGGGGUGCUUCGCGAGGAGCUACUAAAGCUUGGCCAGAGCAGCGGCAAGGCGAAGCCCGAUGAGAGAAUCACGACCGAGCGCGCCGACAAGGAUGCUGGACAUGGCCUCCAUUUGCACGGCUCCACGUUGCUAUUACGCGCGCAGAUCUUCUGGUUGCGCCAGCUUCUCGCGACAACCACCGUUGUCCCUCCCUCCGCUCAUCAGCUCCUGCUGGGCCGUGCUCGCUCCCUCCUACUUCACUCCUGCUCCUCCUCGACCUCAGCCGCAAGCUCAAGUAAGCCCACCAAGCGCGAUACUUCCCACGCCCUCGUUCUUGUCAACCUCGAGACACUACCAGGCACAGGUGGCGCUCUCAGUGAAGGCGACGAGUUGCAUCUUCUUCCCUACGCGGGGGCGAUGCAAGGUAGCAACGGGAAGGCGAUGAGGGGAAAAAGACAGCCCAUCGGCGCCCUCACCAGCGGUCGCUUCUCCCUCACGCGGGGUAGGAGCACGGGCAUGGCUCUUUGCAGCGCAAGUGCGUGGGUGUGGGCAGUUGCUUCCUCUCACAGCUCAGCUGGGCAAACCAGCAGGGCUACUCCUUUCGCGACAGAGGUAGGAAAGGGAGAGGGUGAGGGAGACGAAACUGAUGUCCCUGCGGAGAAGAAGCGCCUCAAGAAGAUGAGGGGACUCAUCGGCCUCGCGGAGCAAGGCCUCAAUUCAAUCUGGCAGGACACUGUGGACUCUGAGGGGAGCAACGGCGUCGAGCAGUGGGAGUCGGCCCGCCUCAUCGUUCGUAGCAUUUCGGGUGGGACGGAGAGGGAGGUUGUUGCAAGGUUGGUGAGAGUGUAG